GCGGAGCGUUGAGAAGACAUCCGGAAGUCUGUUUCUUAAGGGAAGAGAAUUAGCUAUGUAUCGGCAGGUAUUUCCGGCUAUAUGUCUAAAGUAUGUUGUUUUAAAUGUAUGAACUUUGAAUUAUUGUCUUUGUGUCGGUGUUGUGUGAAGGUCUAUGCGGUAUUGCGGCAGUCCAGCUUGACCGCCAACUGGGUUUACGCCAGUUGAGGUAGUGCUGAUGUCGGCUAGCUUUAGCAAGCUAAUAGUACGGCGAAUUAAACAGCACUGAAACGGUCGGUGAACCAAGAGGGAAUCGCCAAAAUGAACCUACGUACAACUUUCUGAUCGACCAGUUUAACGGAUGUUCAGUGUUGCAAUGAGGAGCUCCAGAGUCCAACUCUGACUGCUCCAGGCCAUGAACUCUGUUUCCCCAAGUGCAGUGCAGUACGCUGGUGGAGUGAUGCACAAUGAACUGGUGGACGGUCGGCGGCAGCAGUCCGGUGCACAGCAGGGCAGCUAUGGACUCAGACCGCCACAGAGUCCAGAUCCGAGCAAAGAAGCAGCAGAGGAGCCAGAGGAGAUGGAUAAGCUCAAAGCCAAAAUCAUGUCAGCAUGGAACAACGUCAAAUAUGGGUGGACCGUGAAAUCAAAAACCACCUUCAAUAAAGUUUCACCAGUUACUCUCCUGGGGUACUCCUAUCUGCUCUGCAGUGAAGAUCAAGUGGAGCAGUUUCGUAUGGCCUUCGUGUCCCGGAUUUGGCUGACCUACAGACGGGAGUUCCCUCAGCUGGAGGGCUCCAGUUGGACCACAGACUGUGGCUGGGGCUGUAUGCUGCGUAGCGGCCAGAUGCUGCUGGCUCAGGGCCUCGUGGUUCAUUUGUUGCCCAGAGACUGGACUUGGCCAGAUGCUCAACAGCUAACUGAUGUGGACUUUGAAGUCUUUCGAACACGUUCACCAGUGAGGGUCGCUGGGGUCCCCAUCCCCUCUUUUGGCUCUCCACGAGUAAACGGCACUCCUGAAAAGAUUCUGCCAAGCGAUCCAACGCUCAGAUCCAGCCAGAGGAAGAGGCCAGAGUCUACAAGGGAUCGACAAGCCGAGCCCAUCCACCACAAGCUGCUCACCUGGUUUGGUGAUCAACCACCAGCACCUUUUGGGGUCCACCAGCUGGUGGGAAUAGGCAGGAGUUUUGGAAAGAAAGCUGGCGACUGGUAUGGCCCCUCCAUAGUGGCACAUAUACUGCGGAAAGCUGUGGCCAAAACCACUGUUGUCCACAACUUAGUUGUGUAUGUGGCUCAGGAUUGUACAGUGUACAAGGAGGACGUAGCACAUCUAUGUGAUCCGUCAUUCAGCCAGACUCCCCCAGAACCCGACAACCAAGUCUGGAAAUCAGUCAUCAUACUGGUGCCUGUUCGUCUGGGCGGGGAGGCCCUCAACCCAUCUUACAUUGAAUGUGUCAAGAACAUCCUGAAGCUGGAAUGUUGUAUUGGAAUCAUUGGUGGCAAACCAAAGCACUCACUCUACUUUGUUGGGUUCCAAGAUGAGCAGCUGCUGUAUUUAGACCCUCACUACUGCCAGCCUAUGGUAGAUGUCACUCAAGUCAACUUCCCACUGGAGUCGUUCCACUGUACUUCUCCCAAAAAGAUGCCCUUCACUCGUAUGGAUCCCAGCUGCACCAUUGGCUUUUACGCUAGGAACAAGAAAGACUUUGAGUCUUUGUGUUCUGCUGUUAGUUUGGCUCUGUCGUCAUCAGCGGAGAAGUACCCCAUCUUCACUUUUGUGGAGGGCCAGGGUCAGGACUAUGGACUUGAGGGUCAGAGUAGUAACCACAGUGGCCAAGCGCCUCACAUCCUGCCCCCUGGCAAAUCAGGUCGAGUCCAUAACAGAAGACACAGUGAUGACUUUGUCUUCCUGUGAGGCUGUUGAUGGCAAAAGUAGGACACACACACAAUAUGACUCGGAAACACAAACUAGUUGUAUUCUAUUUAUCUUCAACUCUGCCAGGCAUUGUGGGUUUUAUAAGCUAACAGACAUCCAUUUGCCAUUUAGGUAAAAACAUUACUUUGAGAUACUUGAAGCAUCAUCUCAAACCUAACGUAUCUCAAAGUCCACUUUGGUAGACUUAGAGUACUCCUUUAGUCUCACCUGGCCCAAACUGGUCAUAUUUAACUCGUAAGGGUCGCUACAGGGACAAUGGCGCUGUUCCACCCCUUACUAAAAUGUGGAAGGAAAACUUGUAUUAUGAAGCAGUCUGGUGUCAUCUCCUUUGUAUAUGUAGUUGUUUAGCUAUUUAUCAACUGUAUGAAUGUGUGUGUGAAAAUGUGAGUGCAUGAAUAGUUGCUGGUGGUAAAAAAAAUGUCUACACUUGAACGUCUUGAGCUGCUGUAAUUUUAUUUUAAUGCUGUUUGUCACAAUAGCUCACUCAAGAUCCCAUUCUUUAUCUGCCACUCAGUUAUUUCCAUACCUAGAAAGUCAGGUUUUUUCCCCCUCAGCAAUACUCUCUCUAAACAUGGGGAUAAAUUGGGAGACUCAGAAUCAUCUGGGCUUUUUUUUUUUUUUUUUUAAAUAAGAAGCCUACCACUUAUAGGCUCCAGCAUACCCCUGUGUCACUAGUGAGGAUUAAGCAGCAUAGAAAAUGAAUGAAUGACGCCUACUACUGAUAUUUUUUGUUGCUAAUUAAAUUUCACUGGAAUUACACUUCAACUGUAUAUCAUCCUC